AUUAUUCAUCUAUCAAAUAACAUACUUCCAAUGUUUAUACAAGGUUUUACUCUGAUGGUUAUCAGUAUUUAUACUUUGAAUUUUAAAGACUUUUAGAUAUGAUAUGAAGACAAUUGUUAAACCGAUUUGACAAUGCCAGAACAUUCACCAUCACCAACACCAGAGAGAGCUAUUUAUGGUUUUGUUCUUUACCUCCUGUCAUAUGUCAUCUUUUUCACCUAUGUUAUAUGGGCCUAUGUUCCAGAUGAAUGGUUGUAUGCAAUAGGAUUAACUUAUCUACCUCAAAAAUAUUGGGCUAUAGCACUGCCAACCUUUGCCUGUGUUACAUUUUUAUUAGCCUACCCAUUUUACAUGGGACUAAUUUUAAUACAGACACCAGCAUUAUCAUCACAGAGUGUAAAUACAGAUUCCUACUCCAGACGAAGACCUUCAGAAUAUAUUCCUGAUGACGCUAUACCACCACUGUAUGAUUUGACCACUGCUGAAAUAAAUCAAAUGUUACGAGUCACUAACGAUAAAAAAUAUCAUUAACAAAUGAUCAAUAGUUAAUAGAUUACUGUAAAUUCAGAAAUUAUUGCGAGGUUUUUAUUAAUGCGAAUAAUGCGACUGUGCGAGUAUCGCAAUAAUAAGAACUCACAUUCUGAUAUCUGAGACAUAUAAUGUAUUUAGUUUUUCCUGAAAUCGCAAUAAAUAAUCUCGCAUUUGUGAUAAUUAUUUCAAAAUCGCAAUAAGUAAAUAAAACUUGAGUCAUAAGAAUUUAUUUUGUAAAAUGUUGCAAUCAUUUGACUGUUCAUGUUAAUUCCAUGAUUUUAUGGAUUUAUACUAGUUAUUCUGUUAUUGCAUUAAACCGUCAGGGUUUAAAUUGAAAGAAUUUAUUAAUAAAUAAAUACAUGAAUAAGUUAUAUCAUGAAUAUGUUACGAUGUAUAGAUUAAAUAAAGGGUCGAUAUCUUGUAAUAUU